ACCUGGUAGUCCCGGGCUCCCCCAGGCGCACCAUAUCGAUACCGAACUUAGUGCGGACACCCGAUCGCCAUAGUCCGCUGCAGCCCAGAACCCCUGAGCUCAGGCGGUUCGCCAGCCUCAGCCUCCCAGUAGCUUGGAUUACAGGCGCACGCCACCGCGCCCGGCGGUGGAAAGUGGGAGUUUUUCAAUAGAUCAAGCAUAAAUACUGGUUUCACCCACAGAGAAGGAGGAAGCUGGAAGCUCUCUCACAUGCAGCUAUGAUGGUCUCCAAAGAUGGAAUGUACUCCAUGCUGAUUGGGCAGAAUGAGUUGGAGACAGACAUACAGAGUGCAGACUACAAACCCAACAACAAGCAGGACUUGCCCCAGUUUACAGUGCGAGAUGGACCUAGAGUUCGACCCUACAAACUGGCUACAGCAGGUCUGGGGUUGUUAUGUACCACCCUGCUGAUUGUCAUCAUAGCCCUGUGUAUUCACUUUCAGAAUUCAUACCGGCUCCGCGGUGAACUGGACAGCAUAGCCAGCAACCACAGUACUGUGACCAAAGCUUUGGAGCAGCUACAAGGGGAGUACCAAGAGGCCCUGGAUGCUAAGCACAGAGUAGAAGAGCAGUUUGGGCUGCAGCACUCUGAGCAAGAGCAGCUCCAGAAGAAGAUCGAAUCUCUGCUUGUGGAGAAGAAAGAUCUGCAGUCCCUCGUCAGCAUGCAUGAAAAUAGUUGCGGAAAGUGCUUGCCAGGAUGGAGGCUGUUCGAUUCAAGGUGUUACUAUUUCUCCUACCAUGAAUCGAAACCGAAAAAGUCCUGGAGUGGAGGCCGCGAGGACUGCAUCACCAAAGGGGCCGACCUGGCAGUGGUGGACAGCGAGCAGAAGCAGCUGUUUCUCAUGAGAACCAUCACUUCUAUGAGCCUGGGAAGGGCAUACAGUUGGCACCUCGCAGGAUUUUGGUUGGGACUAAGAGAUGUCCAUGUAGAAGGUACCUGGAAGUGGCUGAAUGGAACGCAGCUGACUGUGGGAUAUUGGAUGGAUGGGGAGCCCAAUGAUACAUAUUCAGAAGAGGACUGUGCCGCCAUAUAUCCAAUAUCUGACCUCCUUAAGUCGUGGAACGAUGCUCCUUGUAACUACCUCCUGAACUGGAUAUGCGAGUCAGAGUUAACAAAUCCCUAGGCAUCACUCCAGCGUCUGUCUAUGGCUGGACGGCAGUGAGGUAUUUCUAAGAAACAUUACCAAGAAAAAUGAAUGAUUCAUAUUACUCAUUGAUUUGUUGUGUGGUGUAAAAAAAAACACUUUUAAUGUGGAAAUGCACUCAUAAACUGAGAGCAGAGUAUUGUUUGUAUCAAUGUGUAUCUGUGGCAAAAAAAUAUAAAGCAUUAGAGGAGAAACCUCA